UUGACUGGCGGAAGUUUUUCUGACCACAGUCCCCGACCUCCGUCAGAAAUGGGGAACGUGCAGUCGGAGCCGUCCGCGGGCGGGGGCUCCAGAAAAGAGCAGGCCUCGGACCGGUCCUCCGACUCCCGCCGGACAUCCCUGGUGGAGCCCGAGGUGACCCCCUCCUCCCCGGCCAUGCGCCUGGCUCGCGGGCUGGGCGUCUGGUUCCCUGGCAGCUCCGCGCCCCCGGGACUCCUGGUACCCCCGGAGCCCCAGGCCUCACCCUCACCCCUGCCCCUGACCUUAGAACUGCCCUCGCCAGUGACGCCCCCUUCAGAGGAGGCGGCUGCGGCCGCGGUCUCCACACCACCCCCGCCCCCCGUGGGGACCCUGCUGCCCGCGCCGUCUAAGUGGCGAAAACCCACGGGCACUCCGGUGCCCCGGAUCCGCGGUCUGCUGGAGGCGAGUCAUCGCGGCCAGGGUGACCCUCCGAGCCUCCGCCCGCUGCCGCCGCCGUCCCGGCAACUACCCGAAGAGGACCUAGACCCUGUCCCGAGGGCCCCGUCUCCGACUCCGCCGCCCUUGGAGCCGCGGAAGCCGCCACUACCGCCACCUUCGGACGGGCAGCCCCCGGACCGCAGAAUCACUCCUGCUCUGGCCACACGCGCCGCAACCCCUACAGAAACCCAGGCCAGACUCGGCAGCGAGGGCCAGACGGCCAGAGGGGCCCGCAGGGGGGCACCUCCCCAAGCAGGCGAGGGCGAAAUGGCCAGGCCUGCGGCCUCCGAGCCCGGCCUGAGUCUGUUGUGUAAAGUCACCUUCAAGUCGGGGCCCCAGCUGGCCCCUGCGGCAGCGUCGAGUUCUUUAGCCGCUAAAGCCUCUCUGGGGGGCGGCGGCGGGCUCUUCGCCGCCUCGGGCGCUAUCUCCUACGCUGAGGUCCUGAAGCAGGGGCCCCUCGCUCCUGGGGCCUCUCGCCCCUCGGGAGAGGUGCCUCGGGGAACUCAGGAAGCAGAGGGCGGUGAUGGAGACGGCGAGGGGUGUUCUGGACCCCCCUCGGCGCCUGCGUCCCACGCCCGGACCCUUCCGCCGCCGCCUUAUACCACCUUCCCAGGCUCGAAGCCCAAAUUUGACUGGGUGAGCCCUCCUGAUGGCCCUGAACGCCACUUUCGCUUCAAUGGAGCUGGCGGAGGCGUCGGGGCGCCCAGACGACGCGCAGCCGCUUUCUCAGGGCCCUGGGGCUCCGCACCACCUGCUCCAGGGCAGAUGCAUCCUGCUCCCGGGUCCCGGAGGCCCGCACCCGCCUUGCUGGCGCCGCCUAUGUUCAUCUUCCCGGCGCCCACCAAUGGCGAGCCUGUGCGCCCAGGGCCUCCCGGCCCGCCGGAGCUGCUGCCGCCGCCGCCGCCGCCGCCCACGCCACCACCCACGCCACCUCCAGCGCCGCCUCCCACACCGCAGCCGCCCGUGAUCCAGCCAACGCCGCUGCCCGUGACGCUCCCGCCCGCCCCGGGCCACUUGGAGUCGGCCGUGACUCCCGCCCCGGCUCCCUCUCUGUCCUCCGCCUUGGCCGCCGACCAAGCCCCAGCCCCGGCCCCGGCCCCGGCCCCGGCCCCGGCCCCGGCCCCAGCCCCGGCCCCAUCCCCGGCUCCAGCUCCCACUGUGGCCGAGCCAUUGCCACCUGCGCCCGUGCCCGCGCCCGCGCCCGUCAAGACCCGCACUCGCAGGAACAAGGGUCCUCGUGCAGCCCGCGCGGUUCCGCGUGAGGAUGGCGCCCCCGGAGAUGGUCCCCGCGAUCGUACAGCCACUACUGUGACUGACAGCGGUGGUGCAGGGGGUGGUGGCAGCGGAGCUCUUCCGGCGGGGACAGCUAACUCGGGCGCCGCGCGCCACUGGCCACCCUUCCAGGUGCUUAACUCCUGUCCCUGCAAGUGUUACUGCCGCCACCAGCCACGCCACCGCCGCCUGCCAAGAAACGUGUCUGCCUGGCUGAGGACGCCCACCAACCACCUGAGUGAGCCACCCUGGGUCGCCACCAUCAAGUUGGCCGGCUCCCUGGUAGCCGGGCUGGAGCACUAUGACUUGCAGGCAACCCAUUCCAACUGAGUGCAGUCUGCUCAAUGCCCUCUGCCACCCCUCCUUGGUAAUAAAAGCCAUCCAGAUGCUGAGAUGCCUAUCAGUCACCAGCUAAGGGUUGGAGGGCUGUGGUGGGGCAGAGGUCUCCCUGAAAGCACCACAUCCUGGGAACAAGAAGCUGGACCCACCACAGCAAUAAGGGAGGUUCUGUUCAUC